AUGGCAGCCCCUCCGAGAAAGAAAUCCGGGAUCACGCUCAGCGUCCUGCCUUUGUGGCUGAUGGGCGCCCCAGACUGGCCCGCCGGUCAGCUCUACCUCUCGGUCAGCCUCUUCCUGGCAGAGAUGGUGGCCGGCCGAGUGACGGCCUCUCUGCUCCUGCAGGUUUGCGCCUUCCACACCCUGGAAGGCACGCUGGCCCUGGCGGUGAGCUUGCUGGAUGCCCGGCUCCCCGCUGGCAGCCACCCCACCUGGAAGAACACCUUUGGAUGGGCGCGAGCCCCGAUCGUGGGCACCCUGGUGAGCGCCGUGUUCCUGAGCGCGCUGUGCGUGGCUCUGCUGGCCGAGGCCCUUCGCAGGAUCGCAGAACCGAGGCUCCCGGAGCACCCGCUGGCGCUGAUGGGAAUCGGGGCCCUGGCUAUCCCCAUCCACCUGGCUAGAGAAGGUUUGCCCCGGAAACACCCCCCAAAGCUGGACAUAGGGCCCUGCUGUAACAAAAGAAGCCUCCCGCAAGGGAGAAAGCAGGAAAAGGAAGAUCUUCUGGGCAACGGAUCCUCGAGCCACAAACCACCGUGGCUGGAAGAACGUAGGGAAGGACCGUGGCAGACUCUUUAUCUUAGAUGGAUGGUGGCUUGUUUUGGACCUGUGGCAGUUUUCCUGUAUUCUCUCACUGUCCACCUGUUGUGGACUCCGUGCCUGGGGCAGGCAGUGUGUCUUGAUCACUGCUUCAGGAACCCGUGCCGGCCCUGGGAAACGCCCGAUGUUCUGCCACAACUGUCAGUCGCUUGUUGGCCACUGUACGUGGACCCCGGGCUCGCUGUGGUGGCCGCGGUGGCCCUCCUGUGCUUGGUCUGGCCCACGCUGAGGGCUUCCGCCCUCGUGCUCCUGCAAGCCGCGCCAGAGGGGCUGGAUCUGUGGCUUCUGGAGCAACGCCUGCGUGCCACGGAGGGGGUGGCCACCGUGCGGGAGCUCCACGUCUGGCAGCUGGAUGGCCACCGCAGUUCGGUGGCCACGGCCCACGUGGACUGCCUGGACGUGGCCGUUUACGAGCCGGUCGUCCGGAGAGUCAAGCGAGUGUUCUGUGAACACGGCAUCCACGUGGUCACGGUGGAGCCACACCCGGGGAGGCGCCCAAACGAGGGACACCGGCAAGGACCCCGUGAGAGGCAGCUGGGGCCAGCUCCCACCGAGUUGCUGGAGUUCGAGACCAGUGUGUGA